UGGUGCCAUCUGAAGUGGUAUGUUGUGGGAAAUCAAUAACAGUGGGACUUGUAUUUUAAGGAUAGUGACCAUGAAUAUCAGUAUUCCUUUCCUGAAUUGUGAUGGUUUGAUUAAUUUGCUUUUGGUAUUAAGAAUGAGUAUUACAGUUUGUGUCUUCAGAAAGUCAGAGAUUAGAAUUGGCAGCAUUUUUCUAACAUGUGAAUGACAUUAAGUAAGAGGCUGCCUAUUCUUGAAACAGUUUAUAUUCUUUUGUUGAUAUGAGGAGAUUGGUAUGAUAAAGUAUCUGUUAGUAUAUAACAGUUUCAUCUUACUUGCUAAAAAAUGCACAUUAAUGAGAUGUCAGCAUUGAACAGGCUUGUGGUUCCGGUUCCUAAGUGUAUAUUAAAGUGGGUGGAUUGUGAAGUUUGAAUAGCUUAUUGCCUUUUCCUGAAAGUAAUAUAUGAAGAAUUUCAUCUUUCACUAAUUUUGCUAUAUAUUUAAGUAUUACAGUAUUGUUGUUAUUCUUAAACGAACUGAAAUUAGAACUUCUAAAGUCUUUCACCAUAAUUACUAACGUUAGAAGCAAUUAUAACCGUUGCUUGCAACGGAGAACCUGCUAGAAUGAUUGAUCAAGAUAUGGCAGGUGCACAAGACACCAUCUAUCUGUGCAACUUUCGUGUGUCUGUUGAUGGUGAAUGGCUCUGCUUGAAAGAAUUGCAAGAUGUGGAAUUCACAGUCCCAGAAUCUUCUUCUCAGCCAUCAACUCCAUCCCCUGAUGAACAUCUGCCAUUACUUGCUCGAGACCCUGUAAUGAUUGAAAGAAGCAAUUUAGUUAACAUAUCAAAACUAAUAGUGAAGGAGCUCAUAGAAACAUCACUCAAGUAUGGUCGAAUGUUGGAUUCUGACAGUAUGCCUCUGCAGCAUUUCUUUAUAGUUCUCGAACAUGUGUUAAGGCAUGGAUUGAAACCAAAGAAGGGUCUGCUUGGACCCAAGAAGGAACUCUGGGAUAUCUUACAAUUUGUUGAAAAAUAUACCAUUGAAGCACAAGAUAUUACAUCAAGUGUUAGAGAUCUUCCAACUGUUAGGACCCAUAUGGGCAGAGCUCGAGCCUGGUUGAGACUAGCUCUGAUGCAGAAGAAAUUGGCUGAUUAUUUGAAGAUACUGAUUGAUCAUAAAGAAGAUCUGUUGUCUGAAUACUUUGAACCAGAUGCCCUCAUGAUGAGUGAUGAAGCCAUUGUAAUCAUGGGACUGCUGGUGGGACUUAAUGUAAUAGACUGUAACCUUUGUGUGAAGGAGGAAGACUUGGACUGCCAGCAGGGUGUAAUAGAUUUCUCACUGUACUUGCGGUCCAGUAACCAGUGUAGUGAAUCUUCAGAAGAUGACUUGGAUCAUGACAACAUGACCACUGUCCUUGAUCAAAAGAAUUAUAUUGAGGAGCUCAAUAGGCAUCUCAAUGCUACUGUUACAAAUCUCCAGGCAAAGGUUGAAACAUUAACAACUACUAAUGCGCUUAUGAAGGAAGAUUUGGCAAUUGCUAAAAAUAACAUCCUGUCUUUAUAUGAUGAGAACACUAACUUGAAGAAGGAACUUGGUUUGGAUGUAAAUGCAGACAGAAUAGAUGAGGGAGGGGGUGGUGGAGAAACAGGACAGACCAAAAAAUCCGAAACAAACUCAGAAGUGGAAGAACUGAAAGUGCAGUUAGAGAAUGAGAGGAGGCAAAGACAGGAGACUGAAAAAGAACUCAGUCUUCAGAUAAGUUUGAAGGCAGAAAUGGAAGUGGCAAUGAAACUAUUAGAAAAAGAUAUUCAUGAGAAACAAGAUACAAUCGUAUCAUUGCGAAGGCAGCUGGAUGAUAUCAAACUCAUCAAUCUGGAAAUGUACAAGAAACUUCAGGAGUGUGAGAGCUCGCUUAAACACAAAACUGAACUAAUCACCAAACUGGAGGCUAAAACGUUUGCAAUGACUGACACUAUACAGAAAAUGGAUGAAAAAUGUGAAAUCAGGUACAAGCAGUGUGAAAAUGAUCGAAUAGCAGCUGAGGAAUCAUCUCGAAAACUUGGGCAGCAGGUUGCAGAAAAGGAGGUGCAGAAUUCUGGCAUUGAAGGUGAUCUUAGGAUAGAGAGAGAAUGGCGGACGUCUCUCCAAGAAACUGUGGUGAAGGACAGAGACAAGAUAUCUGAUCUUCACCAGGAGUUGGCACAACUGAAAUCAGUUGCAUCUAAAUAUGUGUCUUUGCAAGAGGAAUAUUACCAGUUGAAGGAGCAAUGGAUGGAACAAGAACAAACACUGGAAGAGCUUGGUAAUCAGCUGAGCAUAUCUAAGCUUCAAGUAGCAGACCUCAAAGAGGAAGCAACAAGGAAUGUUGCAAAGGUGGAAGGACAGUGGGCCUCAGAUAAGGAGGUGACUCACUGUAAAGGCUGUAACAAGGAGUUCAACAUCACACGAAGACGGCAUCAUUGUCGUAACUGUGGGGAAAUAUUCUGCAACGCAUGUUCAGACAAUACCAUGUCAUUGCCUUCGUCUGCCAAACCAGUUCGGGUGUGCGAUGACUGUCAUGUGUUCCUUGUUGGACGAUACUCAGUUGUGCAAUGAAGUGAAGUGAAGCAAAGCAUGACCUCACCAUGGAAUGAACUGUUUGUUUGAUAUUCAAUGAAGCUCAAGAUUUCCACCCAUGUGCAUAGCUAUUCAGAAAGCCAAAAUUAUAGCUCACAAUCUAGAAUCAUGCUUUACAGAAGUUUAACAUAUGCUUCUAUAUCAUACCUUUCACUCCAGUCUUAGUUCGAUUUCAUGUGUGCGUACCAAGAAAACGUGUAUUUGUCUUGAAAUAUAUGAUGUGUACAAACACGCACCUCUGCUAUUAUGUGCAGGAGAAUGGUUGCAUUUGUACAGCACAUAGUAAAAAAUAGAUUAUUAAAGGAGUGAUGGGUACUUAACAUUAAGUUUCAAAAUAAUGGAAUGCACUUUACAGAGCAUGCUUGUUUGUAUUAUGUACAAGUAAGUAUGUCAGUCAUUAUUAAUUUGGUAGCCUAAAGGAUGAGAGGGAAAACUGUGUCUUCUUAUGUGGGUUAUAUCCCUGGCUGUCAGAUUUAUGGAAGCAUAUGCCAAUUAUUGGAAAAUGAACCAGUGUUUAGCAUUGCCUUUUCAUGCAUUGUGCCAAUUUGAUACAGAAAAUAUUUUUUUAAGUUGGGUGAACUUCAAAUGCAACUCUGCAGUCAGACUACUGGUAUUUUAUAGUAAAUUAAUGAUUAAUAAUGAAAUAAUGAUAUUCAUUUUUGUGGAUGGUGCACCCCUGCUAUCUUGAUAUUCUUCUUUGUUAUUGUCUAAUAAUGGUUGAAACAAUGAGAAUUAUUGAUUCCACAACUUUGGAGAGCAUUUAUGAAUAUGUUAUUUGAGAGUAUAAGUUUACAUGAAUGUUAUGGGAACUGAAGUGAAUAUUGUAUGUUGGUCUCAUUAAGGAAAUUACAAGUCAUAAGAAGGAUAAAGUUCGUAUGAUUUCAAUAUAAGUGUACUAAAACUAUGGGAAAAGUGAGAUAGAAUUAUCCCAAGAUUUGAACAUAGAGGUUUGUUUUUCGCCCCAUUCUGAAGUAGAGCUUGUUUGGGAAUUGGUUAGUAAAUUAUUUCAUUGGUAUAUUUCAGUAGGAACAAUGAUAGACAUAUUUACAGUGUAAUUAAAUUAAGGACACUGGGAAAAAGUUUUUCAGCUCCAAGAAACCAAAGUAUCAACUGGUUCUUUUGACUUAUAUGUAGAAGAUAAUAGAUCAGAAACCAAGAAUGACCGUCCUGACUGAUAUUUUUGUCUCCUAUCCAAGUCUAUAAUGUGCUGUCACCUUCAUUGUCACAAUUGUUGUUGUAAAUGUUCUGCAAAGAUUCCUUCCCAUUCCUGCAAUAAUGAGGAUGGCAUUUUAUCAGUAUUAGAUGAAGAGAGUGGAGAUGUUUCAAACUGAGUUUGUGGGAGUAUUUAGAAUUUGUGACCUUUAGUUGUGUGUUGUUUAAGUUUAAAUUUUGAAGAAAGCAUCAAAUUUCAUUAUUAGUUUGUAGGCUGACAACCUUACCGCCAUCUUUGAGCCGAUUGUCAAGGUAAUGCAGGACCCUCUCAUCUCAUCUCAUUUAUUUACAUUCCAUAAAUCCACUACAUAUAGGAUAAGGAAUUAGUCAUUGAUAGUACAAAUAACACUACAUAGAAAUAA